CCGGAAGUACUGGGAUAUGAAAGGAGUUUGCGCCGCUCGUGAUAACAUGAGUGCAAUUUGAAUGCAAAUUUCUCAUAUAAACCCAUAUCGUGUUGUGUGUAUCUAGCCGAAGAUGAGUGAAAGUGAAAAGCAGAAGGACCCUGUAGCUCUGAAGGAGGAGGGGAACAACCUCUUUAAGGCUGGAGACAUGCAGGGCGCUGUCUGCUGCUACACCAAAGCGCUGAAGCUGACUGAAAGCCAGGGAGACAGUGCUGUCCUGUACCGCAACAGAUCUGCCUGCUACCUUAAACUGGAGGAGUACAGCAAAGCAGAGGAUGAUGCCUCCAAAGCUCUUGAUACAGACCCAGGUGACGUAAAAGCCAGGUUUAGACGAGCUCAAGCGUAUCAGAAGCUGGGUCGACUCGAUCAGGCGUUCAUGGAUGCUCAGAGAUGUGCCCAGCUGGAGCCCAAAAACCGAGCUUUCCAGGAUCUGCUCAGGCAGCUUGGAGCUCAGAUUCAGCACAAGUCGGCACAACUAAACUCCACAGAUGCCCGUGUGCAGCAGAUGUUCUCCGUCCUCUUGGAUUCCUCUGCUAAGGAUUCGGAUCGACAGAAGGCCGCUCAGAAUUUAGUGGUGUUGUCUCGAGACGAGGGAGGAGCCGAGCAGAUCUUCCGCAAUGACGGAGUAAAGCUGAUCCAGAAACUUCUUCUGUCCAAGCAGGAGGAUGUUGUCCUUUCAGCUCUGAGGACGUUAGUGGGUUUGUGCACAGGACAUCAGUCAAGAACCAUGGCUAUCGUGAAUGAGUUGGGGAUGGACCAGCUGUGUGCUGUAAUGGGGUCAGGAGCCUCCAAUGUUUCUCUGGCUGCCUGCCACCUGCUGCAGGUGAUGUUUGAGGCUCUGACAGAGGGCAUGAAAAGAGAGAUUAGAGGCAAAGAUGAAGCCAUACUCCCUGAACCAUCCAAGGAACUGCGUUCGAUGGUACGCCACCUUCUGGAAAUGAUGCCAGCGGAUAAUGUGUCAGGGCCUGGUAGAGACAGCGCCAUCAACCUCCUGGUCAAGCAAGUACCCCGCAAGUCCCUGAAGAACCCUGAUAACUCCCUGACCUUAUGGGUGAUUGAUCAGGGGCUGAAGAAAAUCCUGUGUGUGGCUGGAACUGUUGCCGAGCUGUCGGAGGGUCCGCCUCUUACAGAAAACACUCACAUGAGCUGUUCUGUGUUGCUAAGCAAACUCUAUGACGACCUCAAGAGUGACAAAGAGAGAGAAAACUUUCAUAAACUUUGUGAAGAAUUUGUCCAGGAACACUUCAGGCAACCUGGCCUGGAUGCCAAACUGCGCGCCAUUCAGACAGUUUCUGUGCUCCUUCAAGGACCGAGCGAUGUGGGCAACAUCACUCUGGAAAUGUCAGGAAUGAUGGACGCAGUUAUCUCUCUUUGCGCCUCAGAGGAUGUGACUCACCAACAGGUAGCCGUGGAGGCUCUCAUCCACGCAGCAGGCAAAGCCAAGAGAGCCUCUUUCAUCACAGCCAACGGCGUGGCACUGUUGAAGGACCUCUACAAGAAGAGCGAGAACGACAGGAUACGUGUGAGAGCUCUUGUGGGUUUGUGUAAGCUUGGAUCGGCAGGAGGCACGGAUUUCAGCAUGAAGCAGUUUGCCGAGGGAUCCACGCUAAAGCUCGCCAAGCAGUGUAGGAAAUGGUUGUGUAACAAAUCUCUUCCCCCAACGUCGCGUCGCUGGUCAGUGGAAGGUCUUGCAUACCUGACUUUUGAUGCUGAUGUGAAGGAAGAGCUUGUGGAAGACAAAAGUGCUCUUCUAGCCAUGUUUGACCUGGCUAAGUCUGAAGAUAAGACGGUGCUCUUUGCUGUGGGCUCCACAUUAGUUAACUGUACCAACAGCUACGAUGUGGAGAAGCCAGACCCCCAGCUGGUGGAGCUGGCCAAGUAUGCGAAGCAGCAUGUGCCUGAGGAGCAUCCCAAGGAUGCGGCAUCCUACGUGGAAAAAAGGCUGGUUAAGCUUCUGGAAGUUGGUGUUGUCUCUGCGCUGGUGUGUAUGGUCAAACAGGAGAGCCCCGCCCUCACAGAGGCUUGUAGAGAAUUCAUCGCUAGGGUUUUCUUGGCUUUGGUUGAGCGACAAGAAGACAGAGGUGCAGUGGUCGCACAAGGUGGAGGAAAGGCUUUGAUCCCCCUCGCUACCGACAACACAGAAGUAGGAAAGGUCAAAGCUGCACAAGCCCUGGCAAAGAUAGCCAUCACCUCUAACCCAGAGAUUGCCUUUCCAGGAGAGAGGAUGUAUGAGGUGGUGCGACCCCUUGUGAACCUUUUGAAGCUGGAGUGCACGUUGCUGCAGAACUUUGAAUCUCUCAUGGCUCUCACAAACCUAGCAGGCAUCAGUGAAAGACUCAGGCAGAAGAUCAUCAAGGAAAAAGCUCUUCCAAGGAUUGAAGGCUACAUGUUUGAGGAGAACGAGUUGGUCCGAGCUGCUGCCACUGAGUGCAUGUGUAAUUUAGUUUUAAGUACAGAGGUGCAGGAGCUCUUUCUAGCCACAGGGAGCGAUCGCCUGAAGCUCCUUGUACUUUACUGUGGAGAAGAGGAUGAAAGACUCCGCAAAGCUGCUGCGGGCACUCUGGCCAUGCUGACUGCUGAGCAGCCGGAGGUCUGUGCUCGAAUCCCUGGAACGACAACCCACUGGUUGGAGAUUUUCCAGGCCCUGUUGCUCAGUGAGAUAUCCGACCUGCGCCACCGCGGAGUGGUUAUAGUCCAGAACAUGAUGCAGGCGGAGAAAGGGCUGGCUGAGGCUCUUAUGGAGAGUGAAGCUUUGGAGAUACUCACUGUUCUUGCAAAGGGAGGAAAGGGCACACCAGAUCCUUCUGCAAAGGUUGCUCAGAAGUGUUUGGAUAAAGCAGUGGAGUACGGCAUUGUAAGAAGCAGGGAAGAUGGAACAGAAGAGAGCAAAGGAACUGAGCCCUGAAAACACAGCCACAGUGUGGCCCACCAUCUAAACAAAAAACAGAGGAAGUUAUAUUAUGUUUUAUGAUUUCAAAAUGGAAGAUUUGUGGUCACAAACUACCUUUCAUUGAUUUUGACACUCAUGGUCUUGAAAAGUUUUUUUCACUAUGACAAUAGCAAGAUGGCUGCACAAGUAGUAUUUUUCCUCUAUGGCUAAUCUUUAGUAUAAAAAUACUUUCAUCCAUUCCUCCCCUUUCAUCUUAAAGGAAUAGUACACCCAAAACAUGAUUAGCCUUCAUUUUCUACUCACCCCCAUGCUGAACAACACU